AUGCCAGUGAAAUGUUGUUUCCACAGGUCAACCCCUAGGGAAACAAUGGCAUGGUCUGAGUCGGUGGAUACACUACUAGCAAAUAAAGAUGGCUUGGCUGCCUUUAGAACUUUCCUGAAGUCCGAGUUCAGUGAGGAGAACAUUGACUUCUGGAUGGCCUGUGAGGACUUCAAGAAAACUAAGUCUUCUGCUAAAAUUGCCUCAAAAGCCCAAAAGAUUUAUUCAGAAUUUAUCCAAGCUGAUGCUCCAAGGGAGAUUAAUAUUGACUUCACUACCAGAGACCACAUCUCUCAGAAUAUCUCGGAACCAACCCUGAAAUGUUUUGAUGAUGCUCAGAGACUAAUCUAUAGUCUCAUGGCCAAGGACUCUUUCCCUAGGUUUCUAAGGUCAGAAGUUUAUAAGGAACUGGUACAUAAGCAACAGAAUGGAAACCAGAAAAGAUGGCUCACAUUUUUGUGAAUAAGGAUUGAAAAAUGUUUCCUGGCCAGCUCUAAUUUAUUAUUUUACUCCAAAAAGUUUAAAAAUCUAGUAAAAUAUGUAAGUUCACUAAACCCUCUCAAUUCAUCAACAUUCUGUAUGAGGUCGCACCCAGAUCUGAAGAGGACUACUUGCACAACACUGGGAGCAACCUGGAUAGAAAUUGGCUGGGGAAGGAGGUACAGAUGGAACUGUAUAAAAACAGCCAACAUAUUAUAUAUAAUUAAGAGCUUGGGUAAAUCAUGAUUUCAUGGACUGCAUAGAAAUUGUAAAAUUAGCUCAAUACUGCAACUUUUUCAAGCUGUAAGCAAGCAUCCCUGCUUCCUCCUCCCUGAUGAGGCCACAGGGGCUCAUGAGGUGGUUAGCAGAGUAGUUACAGAAGGAAGAUGGGCAUGGGACAGGUCAGACUUAUCCCGGGAGUAG